GACGACGUUUUCAACUUUAUUUCGUAUAUUAUACAUUAUAACGAUAGAGAAAUACGAUAAUAAACUCAUAUAAACGACGUUAAGUCAAACGAACUUAUCAUCAAACUGAAACAUCUAUUCAUCGAGGGUUUCUUUUUUCCGUUAUAGUUAGUUUUUUUUCCGUUCUUUCUUUCUUUCUUUCUUUCUAUUUGCCCUUCUUCUUCUUCUUCUUCUGCCAUCUUCUUCUUCAUCAUCUUCAUUUUCUCCUCAAUUCUUCUUUCUUCGUCGUUAUUUCGAAUUGAAGAGCAGUACGUCGUGAAAAAGGAUAAUAAUAUAAGGGAGGUGGUGGUAGUUGUGUGGUAAUGUGGUAGUGGUAGUGGUAGUGGAUGAUCAGGUUAGCACCAUAGGGUGCUUCAGGAGGAGGCCAUUGGUUGCGGUGAAAAUCUUCUUCCUCUACAGUCGUUACGAGCGCGAUGCACGUGUCACAUCAUAAUCUUUACAAGAACGUUGAAAGCGUUAAAAAAAACGAGAGAGAUACGGUACGAGUAGGAGUCGGUGUCAUCGACGAGAUUAAAAGUUAGAUAUUAGAUUUUGCAAAGAUAUACUAAAAUGAAGAUCGACAGAAGCAGAUUGAAGAAGUGCACCUCGGAAGUUCCGGCCGAGUGUCAAGCCCUCAUAAGUAAAUUACGUUCUUGCUCUCAUGCGGAACUGUUAGAGGAGCUUAAACAAAUAGAUGCAUGGACUUUUGGAAAAUGUGAACUAUUUCAUUGGAUCGAUGUCUUGGAUCUUAGCGAUAGUAUUUUAGAGGAAGCUACGGCAAGAAGCUCAGAUAAUCCAUGGGAAUUGGCGUGUGACUUGCCUCAAAAUGCAGAGGCAAAAGAAUUACUUCUAUGGGUUCUCCAUUUUACUACAUUGUUAAUUGAACAUUCAUUUUCACGGCAUCUGUACAACAGUAUGGAACAUCUAAUAACAUUAUUGUCAAGUUGUGAUAUGCAUGUGGUUCUUGGUGUAUUAAAUCUUUUAUAUAUGUUCAGUAAACGCAGUAAUUUUAUUACUCGUUUAAAUAGUGACAAACGUCAAGCUCUUCUUAGUAGACUCAAUCAUCUAGCGGAGAGUUGGGGUGGUAAAGAAAAUGGUUUUGGAUUAGCAGCUUGUUGUAAGGAAUUCCCAGAAAAGCCAUUCCCACCGAGUGCUACAACGUUACAUUUUGAAUUCUAUGCUGAAAAUCCAACUGUAGCAGAAAGUGCAAUUACAUCAAAUAGUGUAAAAAAGAUUGGUCAAACAAAUUAUGCAACAUAUAUACAUAUAGAAACUGUAGAUAAACUUGAUAAAACGCCAGCAGAACUAAUGAAUGAGUUAUUAAAAGUUUAUAAUGUACCCCAGGAUCGUCAGAUGGCUUUAUUGACACAUGUUAGACUGGCCCAUAGUUUCUCAGAUUAUCGUAGGCGUUUGCAAUGUGUUCAAGCUCGUCUUCAAGCAUUAUCUGUAUUAGUAUAUAGCAAUGCAUUGCAAGAAAAUGCACACAGUCUCUUACAUGCUGGACUCCUUGAAGAAUUAGUGGAAUUACUUGAGUUGCCACUCCCCCAUCUUGUUGAAAUUCGGGCUGCAGCAUUACGUACCCUAACUAGUAUUAUACAUUUAGAUCGUAAUCCACAUUUUCCAAAAAAACCUGGUUCAAGAUUAAAUAUGAUCAUUGAUGUGACCGGCGCCAGUUCAUAUCAUGGCUUUUUACCGGUUCUUAUUCGCACUUGCAUAACAACAUUAACAUCACCACAAGCAGAUGGACAGCCAUUUCCAUUGCCACUGGCAACAGCUCUAUUCAGCUUUUUAUUUCAUCUUGCUAGUUACGAAGCAGGAGCAGAAGCUCUUGUUAGUUGUGGUAUGAUGGAAAGUCUUCUUAAAAUAAUUAAUUGGCCAGGAAGUGAACUUGAACAUAUAACGUUUGGUACUAGAGCUGUUCGUGUAAUAGAUUUGAUCGCAAAUAUUGAUAUGCAAGGAUUUCAAGCUCAUGGUGGUUUGGGUAGCUUUAUUAAUCGACUUGAUAUGGAAGUUAAUGUAUGCAGAAAAGAACAACCAUUUGAAAUAGAACCACAACUUUAUGAAGAAAAUCCACAAACUGUACAAGAAAGACCUAUAGACAGAGAAGGAGAAACUUCGUCACGUCGGAUAAAUGAUACAUUUGAGGAACGUGAUGAAUCUUUAAAUCCAAUGGAAAUUUCAGAAGAUGAAAAUAUGAGUAAUAAAGCAGAUGAGAAAAAUGAACAAUUGCCCGAUUAUUCCGCUGCAAAGACUGGAAAGACUUGUUUAUUACAACGUGCUGCGCUUUUAAAAUCUAUGUUAAAUUUUCUUAAAAAAGCUAUUCAAGAUGCAGCUUUCUCUGAUAGUAUCCGACAUGUUAUGGAAGGGACUUUACCAUCAUCUCUGAGACAUAUUAUAAGCAAUUCUGAAUAUUAUGGUCCUUCAUUGUUUUUACUUGCUACCGAUGUUGUAACAGUGUACGUUUUCCAAGAACCAUCAUUACUGUCAUCAUUACAAGAUAAUGGUUUAACAGAUGUUGUAUUACAUGCUCUUCUUAUUAAAGAAGUACCAGCAACUAGAGAAGUGUUGGGAUCAUUACCCAAUGUAUUUAGUGCACUUUGUUUGAAUCAACGUGGUCUUGAGUCAUUUGUCAAACGCCGUCCCUUUGAACGAUUAUUCAAAGUACUUCUCUCACCAGUUUAUUUAUCAGCUAUGCGGAGGCGUAAAAGCGCCGAUCCACUUGGUGAUACAGCUUCUAAUUUAGGUAAUGCUAUGGAUGAAUUAAUGAGACAUCAGCCAAGCUUAAAGGUUGAUGCUAUUUCUGCAAUUAUUAAGUUGCUGGAAGAACUUUGCGUACUUGGUUGCGAUCCACGAUACAUAUGUUGGCGGGGUGUUAGUAAAUCAGAUAACUCUCCGUCAAAUUCUGGAUGUGGAAAUCGUCAAUCUUCAGGCCAAUCAGUUGGCGUUGGUGUCGGAGAUUCGGCUGGUGGUAGCGGUGGAGGCGGAGGUAGUAGUAGUGACGAAGAAGAAGAGGAUGAAGAAGAAGCUAGUACUAGCUCUCAUCCUCAACGAGAAGAACAACCAUCUCCAUCUCCUGCACAACCUGGACCACCACCUCAACCAAGAGAAAAAACACCUAUUGCUUUGGUCGAUUAUAUUCAAAAUGUUAUGAAGUUUGUCGAUGCAAUAUUGAGUAACAACUCAACGGAUGAUCAUUGCAGAGAAUUCGUUGCGCAAAAAGGACUAGUACCACUUCUUUCCAUUUUAGGAUUACCAAAUUUGCCCGUAGAUUAUCCUGUUGCUCAAGCAGCUCAGGCAGUAGCUUCAGUAUGCAAAAGUAUUUUGAACUUGGCUCAUGAACCUUUGGUUCUUAAAACAGGAUUGUCGCAAUUAAAUGAAGUUUUAAAUUUAUUAAAACCUCUUUGCAGUAACAUGCAAUCACCUGCUGGUUCUGUUUUAUUACACGAAUUGGCUUCAGCUCCGAAUCUUGAAACUGCUUUCACAAGUGAUACAGCUACUCCAUUGUUGCACGCUAUGAACGCAGCUCAUGGAUAUAUUGUAAUGUUUGUUCACGUUUGCCGAACAAGUCAAAGCGAGAUUCGAAAUUUAUCUAUGAAUCAUUGGGGAUCUGACCUGGGUUUAACAGUUUUAAAAGGCUUAUCGAAGUUGUACAUGUCUCUUGUUUGGGAAAGUACUUUAUUACUUGCAUUAUGCAGCGAAGAUAUUAUACCAGCUGGUUGUGACUUUGGAAAAGAAGACAUGGACAAAUUAAUACCACCUGAAUUAAGAACGGAGGGUGAAAGUUCUACAUGGUCUGGUGCUGGCUCUUCCACUGAUAUAGGCAGUAAUGGAAUGACAACUGCAAUGGAAGCACUCAGCACUGAUCCUCCACCUAUACCCAUGGAGAUUGAUGAUAAGCCAAGUACAAGUGCUGGAAGGACUUCACCUAAUGCUCAUCAACUAAAAUUCAUUAAGCCAUUAUUAGGCGCAUCAUCGAGAUUAGGCAGAGCACUCGCAGAAUUAUUUGGUCUACUUGUUAAGCUUUGCAUGGGUUCACCUAUAAGGCAAAGAAGAGGACAACAAAUGCCUUUGACUCCUGCUCUUCCUUCCCAAGCAGCAAGAAGUGUAGCGACUGCUUUGAAUUGUUUGUUAACGCGUGGUCUGUCUUGGGAAAUAUUACCUCCAUCGCCAAUUCCAAAAUUCCAAUUGACCUUCUUAAUAUGUUCUGUGGGAUUUACAUCUCCAAUGUUAUUCGACGAAAAGAGACAUCCAUAUCAUUUAAUGCUUCAAAAAUUUGUCCAUUUGGGUGGACAAAAUGCGUUCUUCUUUACUUUCCAAUGGGCAUUAUCAGGAGGUACACAAUUUCCAUUAACUGAAGGAUUAGAGCAUCCUAAUUUACCUGAUGGGACUGGAGAGUUUUUAGAUGCUUGGCUUAUGCUUCUUGAGAAAAUGGUGAAUCCAAAAGCAAUUUUAGAUUCACCUCAUGUAGUAUCUUCUAAAUGUACAGGAAUGUAUGAUAGGUAUGAGGUGUUCGAUCCAAUAAAAUACCUCACAGAUAUUCAUAAGAAAGCAUUUAAAGCUGUGAUGCUUAUGUGGGGUAAAAAGCCAUUAAAAAAUUAUGGAGCUCGUAUGACCGAAUCUAUAUUAUCGAUCUUGCGGCAUAUAUUACGUGGUGAAAAAAUAAUUAAGGAACGAUCUGAAAGAGAAAAAAAUAACGAAAGUGUAUCAGCUAGUGGUAGUGGUAACACCAGUUCUGUUAGUAGAAGUGGAACAAUAUCAGAUAGACGAGAUGAACCAGAAGCCGAUGUUAAUUUGGAACAUUUGAGGCAAUUGAUGGAUAUGGGUUUUAGUAGAGCGCAUUGCAUUGAAGCUUUAUUACAUACAAUGACUGUUGAACAAGCGACGGAAUAUUUACUUGCAAAUCCUGCUACUUUGCGAAGACCUGAUGCUCCAUCGAGUGAUCCAAACCGUGUCGUUACUAUGGAAUUAGAAUUAGCUGAAGAUGAAGAUAUAUCACAAGUUCUUGCUAUGGCAUUCGCCGGUACCGAUACAUUAAAAACAUCAGGACCUGAAGAAUCUGACAACAGAGAGACAACAUUAACAGAAAGCAUAGAUGAAUUCACUCGUAAUGCUUUAGCGCAAUGUCUUAACCUUUUGGAUCUUAUGCCUGAUACAGUAUAUAGAAUUUGUGAUUUAUUGGUAACCAUUACUAAGCGAAAUGGGGAUGAGUGGCGAGAUAACAUGCUACGUCAAUUAAUACGAGAGAUUGGUGACUUAGUUGAUUAUUUAAUCGACAUUACUAAAAGUCAGGAUGAAAAUGCUGGAACACGAUUAGUAGAGUGUGAGGAAGCAAAUAAAGUAUCAAGACGUAUUUAUCUCUAUACAUUAUUUUUCGAGGGUACUUUCCAAGAAAUGCGUGUUCCUUGUGCUCGAAUUGUCGAGGAGUGCGUUAUGUUAGACAAACUUGUGAAACUACUUGUAAUGAGCGAAGGACCGCUUACAGCUAAUAAGAACAAGAUCGUAAAGGAAAGUAAAGAUGGAGCAGUUUGCGUGAAAACUCCUAAAUGGCUUGCACCUUUAUUAUUGCUAAUAGAUCGUUUAGAAAAAGUUGGAACUCUUACAAAAAGAAAACAACUAAUGCAUAAGGUUACAAAUUGCAUGUGGAAGUGGUUCGAUUUAAGUACCGGAAAAUGGACUCUUUAUUCACCAAUGAAUAAUAGAAUUAUUAAUGAGGCAUACUGGGCUGGUGAGCCCAAUGUGCGUAUAACAUGUAGCAGACGUCGUUACUUAAUAACAUUUUCAUGCAUGACUCAAGUAAAUGAGGAAAGUGACAAUAGAAGACCGAUUACGAUGGGUUUUAACUUCAACAGUGGUACAAAUGAAGAUGGUGGUUCUGGUUCUGAUUCUAAUAUGGAUACCGAUGAUAGUCCAGUCGAAGAAAAACGUAAUACUGUUGUACAAGGUUUAGAUCCUAGUAUAGCACCAAGUAUCGUACGUGCGUGUGUAAAGUUAUUAGCUAUCCCAGUUGAUCGCGACACGCUUCACGCCUUGAUGAAAGUAUGUUUGCGUUUAACGAGGGAUUAUAAGAAUGCAGAAGUAUUUGCACGCGAGGGUGGUGUCAAAUUGCUUCUUGAAAUGACUCAGUCUAGUACCUUUAUCGGAUGUAUCAAUCUUAGUACACUUCUUAUAAGACAUACAUUAGAAGAACCACGUAUUUUACGUCUUGCUAUGGAAAAGGUCAUACGCACGCGAACACAAAGUAAUAUUCCUCCUGCGUAUAAAGAAAUUUUGUUUAUGACUCGUCAAAUCAGCAGUGCGGUAUGUCGCAAUCCAGAAGUUUACAGAGAAGUUUGUGAAAAUAUUCUUAGGGUUGAUAUUAAUGUAUUAAAAAGGGAUGACAUUGAUAGCAGAUUAGUCGUCAAAGCUUUGCCUCCUACUCAUUCUCCAGCAUUACCAAUGAUAGAAGAAGUUUCUAUUGGUGUUGUUCGCGAUCUUUUGAAUGCAUUAAUCAAACCGGUUCCUAUAUUACCCGAUGAUGGAUCUGCAACACCAACUGGAAGUCCUGAAAAAAAGACAACACAUUCAACCACAGCAACUGGUAAUGCAUCUUCCUCAUCUUCAAGACGUGAUGUACUCAGAAGUAAUGCGAUCUCUACAAACGAUCCGCUUGAUGAUGACGAUCAAGUAUCACAAAUAAUACCUCUUAAAAUAUAUACAGAUGUGAGUAAUAAUGGUAAAGCUGAAUCAGAAGAAGCGAAAAAGCCAUUAUUAGCCAAGUCUGCGAUAUUAAAGACAUUAGCUGAUGCUGUUAGAUCUUACGGUGCAAUAGUUAGUCUUAUUACUGAACAUGUGUAUAGAGCAGGUCAGAGUGAAUUAGUUACUGAAGAUACUACAGCUCUUGCAUUUCUGCUUGAUAAACUUUUGCCAAUGUUACCAGAAAAUUCCAGUGAUCGUCAAUGUAAUAAUAUGGCACGUACGCUAAUAGCAGCAAUAGCAUCAUGUAACCAUUCACCGGAUGUACAGACGACAUUAGUAACCGAAGUAAAAGCGGCAUUGACACGAACCUUAGCACUUCCAGAGAGUGGGGAAAAACAUGCACAAUUGCAAUUAUUAAUUGGUUUGAUUUCUACCAUGAUUGAUAGUUGUCCGCUAACGCCACAGCUAAGAGCAUCGUUAAAAAUUCAUCAAUAUAAUAAUGUUAAUUAUAUUGUUAGAAUUAUGCUUAAGAAAGGUAUCAUAACCGACUUAGCUAAAAUUCCACAUAGUCUCGAUCUUUCGAGCCCACAUAUGGCUGGUACUAUUAAUGCGGCUUUGAAACCUCUUGAAACGUUAUCUCGUAUAAUUAACCAACCAAUGCCAGGAGGUAUUAAUAAAUUUACCAAGCCAAAAAAUAGAACUGCUCAUGAAGAACCGAUCGGAGAACAAACUGGUACUACAACUUCGGAAACUACUCAUGCUGUCGGCGAGGAAACCAUCGAAGAUGCAGAAAACACUGAGCAUGAUAUUUCAGUAACAGCAGAAAGUUUAGAACCAACGUCCGAAAGUCACGUACACGAAGAAGGAGAUGAAGCUGCCUUGGAAGAUAUCAUGGAUCAACUUCUUGAAAGUGUGCUGUUUUCCAGAGAUGGUUCUACUGUGGCAGAAGAACAAUCGUCUCGAUCGCAUAGACCGAUGGAUAUUGAUGAUGAAAGUUUAGCGAUGCGUGAUGCUGAAGGAGAUUUUGAUCCAACACGUGACACCACCGUAAGAGAAGAUCUUAUGAGCUCUGAUUCAGAUUCCGAUAGUAAUCAGUCGGAUGAUAACGAAGACGAAGUCCAAGACGACGAAGACGAAGAGGAAGAAGAGGAAGAUGAAGGCGAGGAAAAUGAGGAAGAGGAGGAAGAAGAAGAAGAAGGUUCGUCAAAUUAUGAGGAAGAUGGAAUAGAAUUGUAUGAAGAUGUUGGAGAAGGUAGUGGUGUCUUUCGUAUGUUUCCCUCUGCAGAACGUGAUGGUGGCAAUGUUGUAAUGAUACAGCAUAAUCUUGAUAAUCAAGAUAAUGUAAAUACUGUCUCGUCUACACCUAUUUCAACUCGACCUGGUCUAUCCUGGAAUACAAGUUUCCCUCUACCACUUGGUUUAUUUGAAGAACCACCUUCGUUUUCUGAAGGCAAUGGAAUAAGUUCACAUCCAAUAUUAAUAACUCAAGGUAGUUUUGAUAGUGGAAAUCCUAGAGCUCAACGAGUACUUCGACAUCGCCGAUACCAAUAUUUGCAACUAUCUAAUUCUCGUAAUCCUAAUCCUCCCGUAAUAUUACAAAGACUUUUAGGCCCAACUUCACAGACUCUUCCUUUAUCGGCCAGUCAAGUUUUAGCUUCUAGCUUUAGAGACACGCGUGUUGUUGUAAUGGACAAUGGCCUUGGUAUAUUUACAAAUCAAGAAGAAGAACAAAUUGACUUUGUAGAUCAAUCAGGUUACUUAUUUGGGCCAAGUUUAGCUGCGACCCUAAAUAACAUUCCUACUGCAUUACACUGGUGGAUUGAAGAAAGCAAAUUAUUAGAUGGAGAUUCUCAGCCGGAUUGUUGUGUUGGUGUUGUACAUAAAAUGAUACCUAGUCUUGAGAAACAUAGAAAUGCUGAAUUAGCUGAAAGAAAAGAAAAACGUAAGAAGCAGCAUGGUUCAGAAAGAGAAAAUGAGAGAGAUGGUAAAGAAGAAAAAGAAAGUCCAAAAACUAUUGAAUCUGGCCCGUCAACAACAAUUCCAACAGAAGAACAAAGAAGCUUGGCAUCAACGUCUCAAGGGGAUGACACAAUACUUGUUACAGCCACAGAAGCUACUGUCGAAACUAGAAGACAGGAAUGCAUACCUGAUGAAGAUAUUAUUGAUGUAACUGGAGAAAUGGAAGUUACGGUACAGGAUGACGAAGAAAGACCACGACCUCCUCCACCACCAGAAGAACAAUCUACAGAAACAAGAGACCCACGCAAUACUACUAAUUGGAAUCCUACAUUAGAGCUUGCUGAAAGUAUCGUUGAUUCUGUCCUUGCUCCUUGUGCUUCUGAAGUUUCGAGGCUAAGACAAUCGGAAAAUCCUACUGAAGCAUCUAACGAAAUGCCAGAGUGUACACCUACGCCGGUAUUAGUAGAUUUUAAUCAAGAAGUUAAUGAAGAUCUCUCAAGAGAGAGUAGUGAUUCGGCUGAUUGGAUCAGACGUUUGUUAACCGAUGAUAGCCCAUCCGCUGUAGAGCGAAAUGCAAAUAUCGUCAGCCAAGAUCCAACUUCUUCUACAUCAGAGAGUACACAUCCAGAAACAUCAAGCCAGCAACAACAAUCACAACAGCCAUCGCAAGAACAGCAGUUGCCAGAUGGUGUGGAUCCAUCCUUCUUAGCUGCUUUACCAGAAGAUAUGCGUGAUGAAGUAAUAGCAGAACAAUUGAGAUUACAGCGCAUAAGACAACGCGCUCAAGCUUCGGCAGCUGAAGAACUCGCAGGACCGGUUGAAGUAAAUCCAGAAUUUUUAGCUGCAUUACCACCAGCUAUUCAAGAAGAAGUUCUUGCCCAACAAAGGUUGGAACAACAAAGACAUGCGGCUGCUUCGGCAAAUCCGGAAGAUCCUGUCGAUGCCGCAGCAUUCUUUCAAAAUUUACAACCUUCCUUGCGACAAGCAAUCCUUACGGAUAUGGAAGAAUCGCAAAUAUCUGUUCUACCUCCAGAUUUAGCUCAAGAGGCGCAAAAUUUGCGUAGAGAAUGGGAAGCUCGUAAUCGACAUAUGAUGCAGGAGAGAUUUCUUAGUCAUGUUAGUCAAGGGAAUAACGCUUUAUCGAGCAUAUUGAGAAGUUCCAGUGGAGGUAGAGGAGCUGGUGCGCGUUAUGCCAUUCAUGCAGUACCACAGAGAGCUCAAUGGGGAUCAUGGAAUCCUCGAGGAGAUACUGCUAUAGCACAUCAAGGAGCAGGAUUACGUUUAAGAGGAAGGCAAUUACUUGAUCACGAAUCGAUGGCAUGUUUGUUGGUCUUGCUAUUUGUCGAUGAACCUAAAAUUAAUACACUCAGACUUCACCGAGUGAUAAGAAAUCUUUGUUAUCAUGGCAGUACAAGAGAAUGGGUAGUUAAAGCCUUACUUAGUAUCAUGGAGAGAAGUAAUGACGAAUCUAGAGAUAUACUUACAGAUUUCAGUGGAAAAUUCAAAAGAAAAAGUUUGCUUCCUACAACUACUUCAGAUUAUUGGUAUCCUAAAGUACUUGAACAAAGAAAUAACACACAAUCCUGGUUAAAUAUUAGUAUGGAUGCUGCAUUGGGUUGUAGGGCAAAUGUGUUUCAUAUUAUCAGACAUGGUGGUAAAAAGUCUGAAAGGCAGGGUAGUGUAAUAGCUAUUCAUCCACAAGCUGCACCAACAGUUUGUAGACAUACCUUAGAACUUCUAAUCUCCUUAGCAAAAAGUUUCCCAGGAUAUUUUGUGCCAAUCAAAUCAAAGGAAUCUGAAGAUAGAGAUAAUAAUAAAGAAAAAGAUCUUGGCAGUAAUAAAGAUGAAAGUAUUUCGAAAUCUAAGUCUGCAUCAAAAGUAGGAAAAAGCGAUAUUCCUGAUUUUUGGGAUAUGCUGUUAAAACUAGAUUCUUGUGCUUCUAAGAAAGGAAAAUCUGUUGCAAGAACUCACUCAAAUUCUAACUUGGGUAUGGAUUUGGAACAUACAAUGACAACGUUUGAAGCAUCUCCAUUUGGUCAAUUAAUUUCAAUGCUAAAUUGGUCGGUUAUUAAACGAAGCAGUCAAUUAACUGACAAACUAUUGCGACUUCUUUCUUUGAUCUCCAUUGGAUUGACAGAAGUUAAUCUAUAUCGUCGACAAGAAGAUAAUAAAAAUAAAAAAACUGAAUUGAAUAAAGAACAGAGUGUCGCUGCACCAGAAGGACAUUUGAGAUUGGCUGUACAAGUAUUAACCAGUAAAAGUUGUUCCGAAGAAGGCCUGGAAGAUGCUACAGCAUUGUUGCUUAAUUUAUCGCACUGUCCAGACCCAACUAGACAAUUGAUACUGAAUUUACUCUUAGAAGGAGCAAUGGAAUUGGCAAAUAUGGUCUGUGAACACAUAAAUGAUUUAAUGACAGAACUUAAAGUUUUAAAUCGCGAACUGAGCAGAAGGAAUUCUCUCGAAGAACAACCAUCGACUAGUUCUGGUGGAGGUGGACGUGGAAUUCUUUUGGACAGAUUUACUAAUGAAAAUGUGAUUGUAACGGCGCCAAGUAAAGUCAAAGCUGGAAGUGAUCUCCAAUUACCAUCGAUGGCUGCUCUUGUCAGUAAGACCUCUAGUCAGGCAUUCUUUUUAAGAAUACUUAAAGUAAUUGUACAGAUAAGGGAAUCUGUGCGUUUAGCAAGUACAAAGAAAGCAGCAAAUCAAGCAGCAGCUGCAACAGCAGCAGCAACAUCAGCAACACCAUCAGCAACACCAGCAACAACAUCAGCAACAUCAUCUACUACUGCUCCUACAACGGACACGGCAGCAACUUCCAGUCAAAAUCAAGGAACAGCAGAUGAUAAUUCUUGUGCAGAUGUUCCUAUGGACACGGUGCAAAGUAGUAAUGCUGUUAAUUCGGAACAUAACAAGACAAUUACUCCACGUACUGAUGAUGAAAAAUCACCACUUCCACAUUUAAGCGAAAGUUUGGUGUUGGAUCAUUUAUGGGAAACGCUUAGUGCUUGUUUAUUAGAAUUGGAAUAUACUCCAGACCAUCAUGCCGUCCUUGUUUUACAGCCUGCUGUAGAAGCAUUUUUCUUAGUACACUCAUCAUCUACUACAUCAUCGCGUGACCGACAUCGCAAUACUACUACAGAAAAUCGCGAGGUCGUACCAGACUUAGCACCAGUUUCACCUAUAUAUUCUGAUAAUGAAGGCACUACUUCUCAAACGGAGACUGGUCCCACUACUUGGGAUACAACUAUUACAACACAAAAGACUCUACCCCCAGAUCAACUUAAGUUCUUGAAAUUUGCUGAAACGCACAGAACAGUACUCAAUCAAAUUCUACGACAAACAACCACGCAUUUAGCCGAUGGUCCAUUUUCUGUAUUAGUUGAUCAUACAAGAGUAUUAGAUUUUGAUGUCAAACGUAGAUAUUUCAGAACAGAAUUAGAACGAAUGGAUGAAGGUAUUCGUAGAGAAGAACUUGCAGUCCAUGUACGUAGAAGUCAUGUAUUCGAAGACUCGUUUAGAGAACUCCAUAGAAGAAAUGCAGAUGAAUGGAAGAAUCGCUUUUAUAUCGUUUUUGAAGGGGAAGAAGGGCAGGACGCAGGUGGUUUAUUGAGAGAAUGGUACGUCAUUAUUUCAAGAGAAAUUUUCAAUCCCAUGUAUGCUCUCUUCACUGUUAGCCCUGGAGAUCGGGUUACAUAUAUGAUCAAUUCAUCUUCUCAUUGUAAUCCAAAUCAUUUAUGUUAUUAUAAAUUUGUUGGACGGGUUAUUGCUAAAGCUAUUUACGAUAAUAAAUUGUUGGAAUGUUACUUCACACGUAGUUUUUACAAACAUAUACUUGGAAUUCUUGUAAAACAUACAGAUAUGGAAAGCGAAGAUUACAGUUUUUACAAAGGACUUGUUUAUCUCACCGAACACACUAUUGCUGAUCUUGGUUACGAGUUAACAUUCUCAACAGAAGUAAAUGAAUUUGGUGUUAACGAUGUUCGAGAUUUAAUACCAAAUGGUCGUAACAUAGUAGUUACAGAGGAAACAAAACUUGAAUAUAUUAGGCUAGUAUGUCAGAUGAAAAUGACUAGAGCAAUUCGUAAACAAUUAACUGCGUUCCUGGAAGGCUUUUAUGAUAUUAUACCGAAGAGACUGAUUUCCAUAUUUAAUGAACAGGAACUGGAAUUAUUAAUCAGUGGAUUGCCUAAUGUAGAUAUCGAAGAUUUAAAAGCAAACACUGAAUACCAUAAAUACAGUGCCACGUCCCUGCAGAUCCAAUGGUUUUGGCGUGCGUUACGAGGAUUCGAUCAAGCCGAUAGAGCUAAAUUUUUACAGUUUGUUACUGGAACUUCUAAAGUACCUUUACAAGGUUUUGCUGCAUUAGAAGGAAUGAAUGGUGUACAAAAGUUCCAAAUUCAUCGGGAGGACAGAUCAACGGAUAGAUUACCAUCUGCUCAUACAUGUUUCAAUCAAUUGGAUUUGCCUGUAUAUGAGACAUACGACAAAUUACGCACGAAUUUACUCAAGGCGAUUCACGAAUGCAGCGAAGGAUUUGGAUUUGCAUAAAGUGUAAUUUGAAUACUGUUUUUACAUAUUAUAAAACUUCAUCGUAAAUGUUUUGCCCUGCCUAUCUACGAUAUAUUAUAGAACACAGCCCUUAUAAUUAUUGGCUUAUUAUUCAAAAUCGGAGAUAUCCUGAGCAGUCAUGCUUUAUCUUCGUUCAAGAUCUACUGAUGAUAAUGAGAGACGUAUAUAAAUCAACGUAUAUAUAAUAUUAUAAGGUACACACGUAUAUAUGUAUAUACGUAUAAUUAUCACGAUGUAAUUAUCAAGAAUUAUUUUCAAUUAUAUAUCCACUCUUGAAGUUUAUUUCGUUUGAGAUAAAGGAUCUUGAAGAAGAUGCUGAGCUUUACAAUAAUUUUCAAACAAACAAACAACAACAACAACAAAAAAGAUAAAUAAAAACGUAAUAUAGGAAAUUUAACUAAGUUAUAUAUGGGUAAGAUUAAUGUAAGAUUCAUAUUUAAGUAGUAAGAAGUUUAAUUUCUCAUAAGAAAAUACAUAGGGUGUAAAAUGUAAUAUAUUGCACUUCAACUAAUUGGCGAUACGUUGUAACCGGUUCGAUAGUUUAUAUGGAAAUAAUACCAUGGAUAUCGCUGUUGAGAAAAUGUAGUGUUUAAAAGAGAAAUGUUGUAAGAGAGGGAGAGAGAGGGAGGGAGAGAGUGAGCAAGCAAGAGAGAACGAGAGACAGAGAGAAAGUAAGAUGCAUGUAAGCAAGUAAGAAAUGUGUGUGAAUGAGUGCGUGAAUUUGCAAAUAAGGGAGCGAAUGUUCCAAAAUCGAAUGGGAAUUAUUGAUGGAAACGAUGAGCCUAACUACAAGAUUUCAUAAUAAAAAAAUGCUGUUCUGCCCCAUGUAAUGUAUGGUUGUACACUAUUAGUAUUAAUAAUUAUAACUAACUUUUAACUAAUAGUAAUGAUCGCUAAUUAAUAUCAUUUUAAUAUUAAUCAUUCGAAAUGUGAUGUUAAAAUCGUGUAAUUUUUUUCUUGAAAUCUAACGAAAUAAAGUUUACAGUUGAACAGACAUUAAUUUGUAAACACAUCGAAAAGACAAUAUCAAUAAUACG